AUGGCUUCGGCCAACCUCAAGAAGCUCCGAAUCAACCUAGACGCCAAGCCUCAGGCCUCGUUCAAGCCCACGUUCGCUCUCAAGGUUCCCCGUGCUGCACUUGAUCUCAGCGGGGAUGCUGGUGAUGGCGGGAGAAGUACAGGGCGGCAUGAGAGCGCGGGAGAUGUUGUGAUUGAGUGGGUUGACUAUGACCGCGAUGAUGUAGAUGAACGUGUAGCUCAUGUGCGUCGUCUCGACGAUCUUGCUCGCAUGAUGCACUCCGCUUCCGAUUGCCAUCCUGACCUUCAUAGCAUCAACUGCGUAGGCUACGUUGACGAUACUUCACGGUGCAGAUACGGGCUCGUAUGCAACGCGCCCUCGCCCUCUUUCUCAACGCUCCACGAACUCAUCGCCAGCUCGGACCUCAAGACUCCCAACCUCGAUGAUCGAGUCCGUUUGGCACAUACGCUCGCCGUCGCCUUAUGGACCCUGCACUCACUUGACUGGCUUCACAAAAGCCUUUGCAGCUCAAACAUUCUCCUCUUUCCAUCAGCCUUUUCAGCAUCGGCUCACUCGUCAACUGCUGCUGGGGCACUUGUACCAGAUAUACAGUACCCUUAUCUGACGGGGUUCGAUGCUUCAAGACCAGACCUUGAUACUGCGCUCUCUGUCGCGCCCCGUAAUCCUUCGAUCCUUACGCUACACCGACACCCAGCUUCCUUGCGAGGCUUUCCUCACUGCAAGCCCAUGGAUAUCUAUAGUCUGGGUUUGGUGCUCCUCGAAAUAGGUCUCUGGAAGGUUCUUCAAACAUACCAUAAACCACACUACUCCACAAGUCGAUGGCGCGACAAGGUCCUGCGUGCAGUUCUCGUUCCCGGUCUGGGUAGCAAGGUCGGUAGUCGAUAUCGUGAUGUCGUGGACAAGUGUUUGGCCGUGAGUGAAGAGAUGACGAGUGCUGAGGCCGGCAAGGUGGUAGAAGAUGUUGUCACAGCUCUCGAAGCCAUCCGGACCUGA